AACCGAUGAGCAGAAAGCUGAGACGGUUGUACUCAUUUUAUUGUGGGGAAAUAUUUAUUUUGCCGUUUGUAAAAUAUUUGUUAUUAGAGGACUGCUAGCUCUAACAGUCGAAAGCUGAGGAAAGCUGAACCCCGGUCUAGCUGGAUUCAUCUGAAGGCAGAGGAAACGCUCACUGAAUGCCAGACUUGAAGAGACAAGAUGGUCCCGGUGGAGCCGUCAACCCACUAAGUUCACCGCCAGAAGACGUCUGAUGAAAAUUUCUCCUAACAGUACACGUUCCGGCAUGGAUGACAAGGCAAAUGGCUCCGUGGACACUAAAAGCCCUACAGAAAAUGGACAGCUGCCGGAUCCUGCUAACUGGGGGGUGGCGGACGUCGUCAAUUACUUCAAAGCAACGGGAUUCGAAGAGCAGGCCACUGCUUUCCAGGACCAGGAAAUUGAUGGCAAGUCCCUCCUCCUGAUGACGCGUAACGAUGUCCUGACAGGACUGUCCAUCAAACUGGGCCCUGCACUGAAGAUCUACGAGUAUCACGUGAAGCCACUGCAAACUCAGCACCUGAAGAGCAAUGCGUCGUAGCCCCGCAGGGCUGCCCACCCACCCAAACACCCCCACCCCCAGCGACAAUCAGCGUGUCAGGAGACGCCAGGCUAGCUGCCGCUUUACAAAGACUCCUGGCCACACUGACACCUUAGAGGGAGGACAGGAACAAUUUGAAUGCUGUUUGAUUUUGUUUGUUUAUUUGUUUGUUUUUUAAAGCUUGGAGCCUAUUGGUGGGCUGCAGAUGUGGUCUACUCAGCUGUUUACCCUUUCAGGCAUUCUUAUUCCUGCUGCUUGACAAAUGUAUUUCAUGUUUCUUUUAUUUUUUAUUUAAAAGAGGGAUCAUUUUGGGGCGGGAUACUGCUGGUUUGAUUUUUGUUUUGUGUGUAUGGGCGUGUGUGUUUGGGAAGUUAUUUGACUAAUGUUGGUUUAAAAAAUAUUUGUAUAUAAGAUCAUAUUAUUGUUGUUAUUAUUAUAAUUGAAAACUGUGUGUGCUCCAUCGUAUGUGAAAACUUUGAUACGUACAUGAACAGAUCCAAUUCUGUUUUCGCCCUUUAAGUUUUUAUGCUUUCAGCUGCAGAGCUGAAUGUAUAAGUUGUUCAUAGCAUGAAAUGAAGCGUUUUAUUUUUCUUCUUCACGCCUGAAGCAGACCAACCCUCCUGCACACCAACUGUACCCCUAUAGGUUACCGAUAUGGAGCUAUUUAUUUAAGACAGAUUUACAGUCCCUUGAUCUUAACUGUGGUGCUUUUGGCAUUCUCAAAGACAUUUGAAGUACAUUAAGUAUUGAAGUGCUGCGUAUGUAAAACCAAUGGUGUAUGUCUAACAACACUGGAGUUUGAAUAUUUGAAUCAGAGAUUUGCAAUAAAUGGUGCUCUUUUCUCA